UGUUUUCUGUCAGUGUUAUUUUUUCCCUACUGAACCGUCUCACUCAGUCAAUAAACCAGCCAUCGCGACGACACGUGGAAUUUUUCAUUAGCUUGCCCUGCAGCUGGUUAUUGCCUGUGCACUCUUUUCCGCCCUCUCUCUCUCUCUCUCUCUCCCUCUCAUCUCCUCCCUUUCUCACGCUCUCUCUCUACUUCCCUAGCUCUCUCUCACACUCUUUUUCUCCCUCCCUCUGUCACGGUCUCUGCUGCCCGCUCACUCCUUCUCUCUGUCCCGUGUGCUGGUGUCUGGCUCUCCGUUUAACCGGAGCCCCCAGCCUGGCCAAUGGCGGGCUCCUACACUGUGGUCAUCCUCCCUCUGCACAGCAGUCUUCACAGUCUGGACGCUCUCCGCUUCUUCCUCUGGCUGAAGAGGCUGAAGGAGCUGGAGCGGGAGAAGGACUGCCUGUGGACCGGACUGCAGGUCCUGGAGCAGGGCCGGCUGUGGUACGAGGACCGGCUGCUGGAGAACCGGGAGAGGCAGGGCUUCGCCGGAGAGGGCACGCGCGACGAGGCGCUUCCCGCUGAGUGCUGCUGGCACCAGAGUGGCCACGGGGGGUGCCAGACACGCAGCGCUCCGUGGCUGCAUCGGAGUCUUCCAACGUUCAAUGAGGACCCUUCCCGAUCGUGUCUCCUCAGGUCUCGUAUGCAGAGGGUGAACGGAAGUCUGGGGAAUCUCAUGUGUGACCCCAAAGUGGCUGCUGGCCCAUGCCCAGAAGAGAGCUGGGACUCUGUGUCUAACCUGCGAUGGCAGAACACGCUGCUAAUACAGGAGGUGAGUGAGAAGAGCCGUGAGAUCUCCCGGCUGGAGCAGGAGAGAGACGGCCUGCUCCAACAGCUCGAUGAGCUGGAGGCUUCCUGACUGACCAGCCCACUCUGGAACAUAAAAACCCACUGCUCACACUUGUUUAUACUCCAAUGCACAUUUUUUCAUCACCAGUUCUUCACUCUCAGAUGGUGAGAACAGCUAUUAAUGUGUACUACUGGCAAGCAAUGAGUCACAUUUCUGUCAGAAUUUUCAGUACUCAUUGUAAAUAUGUAUGGAAGAAAUAUUAUUUGAUUACAUACUGUGUAUACAAAGAUUUUCAUUAAUAUAACUGGGUGCUUACUAAAUGUAAAAAUAAAUACCAAAUGUUUGAGGGCCUAUUAAAGUUUAUUUAUGAAAGCUAUAAAUUAGAUAUAAGCUAAAAGUUGGAUACUAUAUCAGCACAGGUUUUUCUUGCCGGUUUAGACAAAACACUGUACCAAGUAGAUUCUCGUUUGGGAAUCAGAAAUUUGUCUUAUUUUGUACCUCCAGUGGUAUCAGUUUCCAUAGUUUUGUCUGACUGGUGAUUUCGAUGUUUUUCACAUUCUGAUCAUAUAGCAGCCCUGUAGGAGAGAAGUGUUGAAGUUGUCUGUCCCUAAACGCUGCUAGAGAAUCACUAUUAAUACUAAAUAGCGGUUAGGCCUGGAGGCAGAUGUUGGGUCUGUUAGUAGCAACUCCAGGUCAACAACAGAAUAGAUGCAUUGUGAGAAAUGAAAUGUCAGUAAUGGUGAAUCGCACAGUAGAUGGCAGCACUUGCCCAGUUUGAUGCACGCAACCUGUGAUGCCUGAGUAUAUGCUAAAAGAAAAAUUCACACACACAUAUCCUCCUAGAUAAAUUCAAUUUAUAUGUAAAUAAAUGUAAAAUGGACAGUGUUUUGAUGUUUAUCAUGUACAGGAUUUUAUUCUAAUGCACAAAUAAAAUUGGGUACAUCACA